CUUACUGUGGUGGGGUUUCAUGGUGUAUCCUUGCGCCGUGAUGCUUGGGUGGGGGUUUUUAGUUACUGCGUAGUUGUUUGGUUUGGUGGGGAGUGAAAAGGGGUUAUGGUGACUUAAAGGGGCUGGGCUGGGCUGGGCUGGGUGUGGUGAGGCGGGCAAUACGAAUGAAGAAGAGACAAGAGAAAUGGCACACACCACUGCAGGCAUCUGUCGGGACUUCUGUGCCGGAUCUCAGCGUCAACUUUCAGGAUGGUGCUAUACCUUCCCGGAUCGAUGCAGCGCCGCCUGAAGUUUGCAAUGAUGGUCUGGCGGACGGCUGCGAGAUUGGCAAUGCUAUCACUAUUACUAUUACUAUUACUAUUGCUACCCUUGCUGGCACGGCUGUUUUGUGGGAAGACACUAUUUGACGAAUACCUAGGUGAAUGCCCUGGACUUUCCAGUAUCUGGGCCAGCGGCUGUGGCUGCGAUGGUCGCUCAUCUUUGACAAUCGUUUGCUUCUGUUGCUGUUGCUUCUGUUCUAGGGGUCCAAGGUUGCGUGUGUUUUUAGGGGGUUUAAAUGCGCUAAAUCACCGAAGCCUGGCUCUCGCCGCCGGCGGCCUGGGAAGGGAUUUCAUAGAGCCAGUCGCGGAUGGCGGUGGUGCGGUUAUUGACUUUGUAGUCGCUGUAACUAAUGUGGUUGUUGCGGCCGUCGUGUGUCGUGUCUGCUGUCGGAUACCGGGAGGCCGUCCCUUCUGGCGUCUUGAUUCCGGCUCAUCAUGCGUAGGCUGUUUUGUAGCUGUGGCCGGAAGCGUUGGGGGUGAGUUCGCUGGGCAGCCACCUAAUUCGGGUACAGGAGCAAGUUCAUUGGUGGCCGUUGACAAGAGGUUUUAGGUUCUCUUCAGGGCUGCAGCAGCUCAGCCAUAAAGAAAUUGGCUGUCAUGAGCAUUUCCCCUUCCACUCUCUCUGCCCAAGUAUACAGCCUCAAAUAAUCCAACACCUACAACACAGGUCGUGUUCCCAUCAUGCCCAGCAACCGCCACAUCACGGAGCCCGGGCAGUGGGGCAUCCGCACAGUACCACCGCCACCACCACCACCCAAGAGACUUGGAGCGUCGAGACAAGUUUUCACAUCCUGUGUUUUCCAACCCAUCACGGAAAAU